UGGUUAAUUGUUCGGUGGGAAGGUGCAUCGCAUAUCAUAGUCGUUAAAUAGCGACAAGUGCGGAAAAUAAACAUGUCUAAUAAGAGGCAAAAUUUUAAAAAUCCCUUUUCGAGGCCAUGGAUGACUGAAACUGGUGCGGCAGCAGCAGCCGCAGGUCCAGGGUCAGUCGGACUGAAAGGAGUUGUUGCCGGCGGUAUUACUGGUGGCAUUGAAAUUUGUAUUACAUUCCCCACCGAAUAUGUGAAAACACAACUCCAAUUAGACGAAAAAGGUGGUACAAAGAAAUAUACAGGUAUCGUUGACUGCGUUCAGAAGACCGUCAAAGGCCAUGGCUUCCUCGGUCUGUACAGAGGACUCAGUGUCCUUUUAUACGGCUCAAUACCCAAAUCUGCAGUACGAUUCGGAGUAUUCGAGCAAGCAAAACUUUACAUGGUAACAGAGAAUGGUACGUUAUCAACGACUGGCAAACUGGCGUGCGGUUUGGCUGCUGGUGUGGCUGAAGCGAUCUUCGCUGUCACACCUAUGGAAACUGUUAAAGUGAAGUUCAUCAAUGACAUGAGAAUGGAGAAGCCCAGGUUUAAAGGGUUCUUCCAUGGUGUUAGAACUAUCGUUAGGGAAGAAGGUAUCGGUGGUGUUUACAAGGGCGUAACAGCCACUAUUAUGAAGCAGGGCAGCAAUCAAGCUAUAAGAUUCUUCGUAAUGGAAUCUCUCAGAGACUGGUACAAGGGCGGGGACAGAGACAAACCAGUUCCAAAAUACAUCGUUGGUUUAUUCGGUGGUGUUGCAGGUGCAGCAUCCGUCUUCGGUAACACUCCAAUUGAUGUAGUCAAAACUCGAAUGCAAGGUCUCGAAGCUAAGAAAUACAAGAGCACGUGGGAUUGCUUUAUAAAGACCUGGAAACACGAGGGUCCACUCGCUUUCUACAAAGGUACCGUGCCACGUCUCAGUAGAGUAGUGUUCGAUGUCGCGAUCACGUUCACUAUAUACGACAGUAUCAUGGACGUAUUCAAUUAUGUAUGGAAGUAGUGUAAACGGGUCAAAAUGUUGCCAUUUUAUAAAUUACCACUAAUGUAAACGGGAUACAGAUUUCAUGAACGUUAUUAUUAGAAUUUUUAAAUAUGAAUAGAUUUUUGUUAUCGCAGGUCGAAUGUAUAUCUGAAUUUUUGAAAGUAUUUUGUUUUUAUUACAUGUGAUUUCGUAAAUAAUUGAAGAGUUUAUUUUAAACAAUUAGUCAUACUUUGAUUAUGGUGAUAAUCUUUGUUUUUUUUUUUUGUUUGCUUUCAUAAACAGACACUUAUUUUAUAUAUUGACUACUAUAUAUUUUUAUAAUAAGACGUGAAAAAGAUAUAGUAUAAGUACUAAUGUUACCCACUCUAUAUGACGUUAAUUCAAGUUUUUCGUGAAUUUCUUGCAAGUGCUGCCAUAUUGAAUAUUGUAAUAGACAAUUCUAAAAGGAUUUAAGUGAAAUAGUUACAAUAUUUGCAACGAAUUCAUGUCAAACUAGAUUAAGUGUAUAAAAUAUGUAUGUGUAACUUUUCUAUGUAGUAUUUGUGAAACAUUUUAAAUGAUGUUAGGAUCAGAUCAGAAGAAUGACAUCAAAAUUUAUAUUUUUGUAGAACUUAAAAAUAUAAGCUAUAAUUCUAUGUCGUUAUAUUAUUUUUAUAUAUUAUUAUUUUUAGAUAUGCAUUGGAAUAAUAUUUUUAGAAUAUAUUUGUUUUUUCUUACGUGAUCAUUUUUUCUUGGUUCCAGGGUAGGUAAUGUGAUUUAUAUGAGGAAUUUAUUUUAUUUAAUUUUUUUUUAUGACUGCCUUUAUUUUUAUAAAACGCAUUUAGAGUUGUAGCUACAGUUUAAGCAUUAUCCAUGGGCGUAGCUAUUAAUUGUCUUUGUGGUUGUGGACGGUACCUUCGUAUCGUCGAGCUUAAGAUCCUACGAGAUUAAUACUUCAGUUUUAGGCAAUGUUUUGAUAGUGACGUAUUUUUAAUAAUGGCAUUGUUUGUAUGGAAAGCCUUACUCCGAAAUAUCUGUUAAUAGCUACGCUCACGAUUUUUUUUUUCAAUAUUUAUCGACACGUCAAAUCUAAUGUGCCCAAAAAUAUUUAGUAGAAUAAAAACUAUUUUUAUUCAUAAUAUUUAAUCAAUUUGAAUAAUAA